AAAUCUACGUUUAUACAAAAGAAAGGAUCAUUAUUUGUUAGAUAUUUCAGUAACAAUCAUUUUAAAGGAGGAUGAAUUAAUACUAUCCAACUGCAUUGUGUAAAACAUUUCCUCCAACCUAUGCCUGUGAUGAACCAUAUUUUAUGACCAAUAACAAAACAAUAAAACAACAUUGGUGUAAAUGAGGCGCCUUGUUUUACACAUUGACAAAGCGGCAAAGUCUUUCAAUAGACAGGUCAAGUGAAAUGUCACUUCCUCGUAGUGUUUAGCUAGCCCCGUUUCGUGCUAAUUAGUACUAAAAUAUUAAUACUUUAGUUUUUUUAUAGUUACCUUUUUAUUGUUUAUUAGUUGUAAGCAUAUUUGUUAAUGGUAACAUCAAAUCAUAUUUUACACAUGUUUACAUACUUUAAACAUCCUUCACUAGCUAUAGCACAUAUUCACCGUUAUAAAUAAAGAGCAAACCCCAGUUAUCGGUGCAGCUGAUUCAAACUUUGCAUCUGAAUUUAACUUUACGGCUCGGCACUUUGAAUUCAGAAUGAAGGUUACCGGCGUUGCUGUCAGUUUGUGCAUGAUGAUCUGUGUUGCUGUGUGUCAGAACAACGACUUCAAUAUGUUUAACAUGAAUCGUAACUGGGAUCUGAACAACAAUAACAACUGGAAUGGUUUUAACAACAACGACUGGAAUGGAUUGAAUUUCAAUAGGAACAACUGGAAUGGUUUCAAUUCUAACAGGAACAACUGGAAUGGAUUGUUUAACAACAUGAACAAUGGGUUGAACCGUAUGAUGAAUAACAUGAAUAUAUUGAAUACCAACAUGAGAAAUAUUAACGGAGGCAGAGACGACCCGGCAAGAAUGUCAGAAGGCAUAUUCGAUGAUGCAAGGGCCGCCUCUGCUAAACAUUUUUACAUGACCGAGCCAGUACAUCCAGUGACUGUCAUUUCAAAUGUGGAUGGGUCACCUGCACAUGACCUUAUGAUGUCAUCGAGUGAAAAUGUAAUGAUUGUCACGUCAGGGGUAGAUGAUCCAACAGAAGGUCACGUUAUAGUUGCGGGUGGUGACAACAUUGGAAUGAUGCACAAAAAAGAUGUUUGAUCAUCUUAUUAUCUGCUCUUAUGUGGCGGCUUCGGAAUGAAGUACGGAAGAUAACUCCGUCCUGACUACACCGGUUGCCUUUUGAGAUUUCACACUGCAUUCAUCCUUGCUGUCAUUUGUAUCAUCAAUAAAAUCUGUGAAAUUGG